AUGCCUGUUACACUGUUGACCAUCCCUGGAAGAGGAGCGGAUGAGUGUGAUGAAGGGGAAUACUCCCAUGAAGGUUACUGCUGCAAAUCUUGUCCGGCAGGUUACUUUGUUGCUCAGCACUGCAGUGCUUCACACUUGAGAGCAAUUUGUGCCCCUUGCAUCGAAGGGGAAGACUAUACUGCUCAUCCAAAUGGCUUGGAGAGAUGCCUGCCAUGCAAGCAGUGCAAAGAUGAUCAGAUAACUUUGAGGACCUGCACUCUGACACAUGAUACUGAAUGUCAGUGCAAAGAAGGGUACUUCUGCCCUAUUGGGGGCUGUGAAAUAUGUCAGAAAUGCAGUACAAAGUGCCCAGAAGGAAAAGAAAUUGUUCAGAAUUGCAAUGCUACGAUGGACCUGGAAUGUAGCUUACCUGAUCAAGGAAAUGCAUUUUCUCUUUGGGCUAUUAUAGUUGGUUCUGUCUGUUUCAUUUUGGUGCUGGUCUUUUUUGUAUUUAGAAAGCUGAAGAGUGAUCAAGCCACUUCAAUAAGUAAAGAUGCAGAGAAAGAUCUGGUCUAUAAGUGGCUCAGAUACCUGAAUCACCCAUUGGGUUUUGUUGGGUUGCGCCUUCCCCUACGUUGGCCAGAUUUGCAGCGCUUCAUAUAUUCUCUCAUUUUGUCAGAAGUGGAGACAGCUCCAAAUAAUACAGCCAGCACAGAAAACGAGAAGUCUGGGGAGAGCCUGGAAGGUCAAGCACCUACCAGUGUUACCUUGGAAGUGGGAAACAAAUCACCAGAGGAUGAUAGCGCUGAGACUUCUGAGAAAAGCACCAUUCUGCCCAGGCGCUUGAGGUACCAAAUAGAAAGGGUUUGGAAGAGGCUCAGAAAGUCUUCGCUGUCAGCAAAACCAAGGCAGAAUCCUACUCUUCGUCUGAAUGCCUGCUUUAAGCCAGCAAAUCAUGUGGUAAAAGAAUCGAAGUAUGAAAUAAUAGUUAAAGAUCUCUCUCAAAAGGAUCUGAGCGCAAGCUUUAGGGCUUUUAUAAAUAAUGUACCACCGGAAAAAUGGAAGUUUCUUAUGAGAACUCAUCUGAAAGAGAAUUCUAUUAAUGAAAUCAUUUAUGAGAACCCUUCUAAUAUAUAUGAGCAAAAAUAUCAGAUGCUUCUCAUCUGGAAAAACACACUGGGAGAUAAGCAAUCUAUUAUUAAGUUACUGGAUGAGUUAAGGCAUAUAGAUACCAAGGCUUAUGAUAAUGUAUUGAACACUUUAAAAAGUAAUAAUAUUAUAACUAAGUUACAGGUCACAGAGUAACAUUUUAAAAUCGAGUUUAUAAAUGUUCCUGUACAUAUGUAUCUGUAAACUUUCUAUAUAUGAGGAUGUCAUCAGACUGCUAGUGAAACUAAUAGUGUUAACUUCAGGGUAUCCUCUUACCUCUCAGUGACUCAGGGAGCCAAAAGUGC